AGCAAAAAUCGACCGAGAAUAACUGCUGUCUGACAAACCUGAAGCAAGCAAGCAAGCAAGCAAGCAAGAAGCAUGGUGGACGAUGAGAAGCGCGUCUUCACGCAAGUGUCUGCGGAUGAUGGGAUUGCCUACCACCUGCUUCCUUCAAGCAGGUACAACCCGGACGAGAAGCACGAACCCGUCGACUACCAGAACUUCAAAUUCCCUGCAUCUGAGGGAGAAGAGGCAGCAACGACAGUGAAGCGCCACGUGAAGAAAGCAAAAGCGGAACAGGCACAAGAAGAAGGUGUGCCAGCAUGUGACAGACAGCCGGUGCUCUUCUUUGCGGAAUCGGCAGCGCACGCGCCCACAAGCGCCCCGCUGCCCGAGCAAUUCUUUGACGUUUCCCGCAACGAGGUCAUGGCUAUGAUACCAGACAAGCCCAUUGGCGAGCAGCCCUUGACAAGCGCCGUGGCGCGACGGAAGAAAGAGGAGGCCAAGCGUGUGCCGCCGCCGAAUGCGGUUGUUGUCCGUCUCACAUUCAGCGAUCGAACCGUUAUCCAGGCACGCUUCCUCCCAGAGGAGCGAGUUGCGAGCGCGUAUGCCCUGCUCGACCAGUAUGUGCGUGCAGAGCGCCGUGAUGAGGUGCUGCUGUUCACGGCCCCGCCGCGCCGCCCAUAUCCGCGAUCGUCGCGCCACCGCUUCGCAGACGUCAGCCCAGGCUCCUGCAUCGUCAUCCGUAUUGGGAGCAGCAAGAGUGCGCCGUUUGCCGGACGGGACGUCCUGACGCAAGAAACCCUUGCGCGUGUGCAAUCACAGGCGAGUGUGACGCAAGCGGUUGAGCAGCAGGUUGCCGGUGUCAGGCAGAGCAAACCCAAGCAGAACGAGAAGGAGGAGGACACCGCAAAGGACAGCAGCAAGCACGAAUCGAAGCGUGCCGGCAAGCCGCGACUGACACCGGAGCAGCGGCAGGCGCGACUUGAGGCCAUCAUGCUCAAGCACAUGCGCAAAUAGCGCUUGCAUUGGUCGGGCGGUGGCGUGGUGAGGUUGCCUGCAAGCACAUGGGGAAUGGGGAAGGUGGUGAAUGCUGUGCUGGGUUGCGUGUGUGUGUGUGUGUGUGUGUGUGUGUGUGUGUG